AUGGCAGAAUGAAAUGUUUACUUUCGUUUCAAAGUGAAAAUAAAAAAUUUCAAAACCUCGGUGAACAUUAAACAAACACGAAUGGCUGGCGCCUAUAACAAUUCUGAAGAUGAUUUUAAAAGUUCACCUCCUGUGAGCCAAAAAUUUGUAAGAAAAAAUCAAAAGAUCCCGGUGGGGCACAUUCUGGCUUCACUGAAAUGGAGGAAUACUUCAGUGGUUCAGAAAAUGACAGAGAGCAUCAAAGUUUUGUUUACUUCUGAUUUGGGUGUGGUGGACUUUCACCCAUCUGGAGACUGUGCAGUAGUUUAUAUUUCUGCAGCGGAAAUGAUUGAAGGUGUUUUGUACAAAAAACGACUGGCUGGACUCAAAUCAGUCAAAGGAAUUCGCAAGGUUAUUGUGGCCGAAAGAACUUACCUCUCUUUACAGCAGUUUAGCACACUUCAACAGUUUGCAGUCCUGGAGCUUGAACUUGAUCUCAUUCCUGUGACAGAAAAUGGUCUUCAUGCUCUGCUAGUUCAAAUGGUUUCUGCUGAAAAUAAGAUAUCCAAAAAUCCUUUCAUGCAACCUUUGAAAAUUCAGAGUGACCAAUCAAAUCACAUAUCAAAUGCACUGAAGAAUGUUCCAAAAAUUGGCGAUAAAAAAAUUGCAAUGCUUGUUGAGAGAUUUGGCUCUUUGCAAAGCAUUGCAAUGGCUUCCGUUGAAGAUCUAUCGUUGCUUGGUCCCGGACUCGCGCGUGAAGUGCGGGACUAUUUCAACUAAAUUUUUCCUAAGUAUUAUUAUUGUAGAAUUGUACUGGUUUAAAAGACAAAUUUCAGAAAAUUAAUGCUUUCAAUCGUGAAUUAAUAUUUCUAAAAAUUUAAAUUUUCAAAAAUACCUCAAAUGUCUCAAAAUUGUAUUAUAUUGUGCAAAUAAAUGAACUUGAUUCGCUUCAGUCUAUUAAAACAUUUACAUGGUCGCAAGAAACUAAACGAUGAAAAGACAAAAGUUGUGGGAAUUUAUGAGACUGGAAUUUUAUUUUAAUUUUUUUGAUUUUUUAUCAACAGUAAAUCAUCGGAAGUUUUCGCCGACAAAUUUACAGCAUUCGAAUCAACUUUAAAAAUCGUUUAUAGUUAUUAAAUUUGCACAGAUGUAUAGGUGGCUAGAAUGUACGUAAUUCAUAUUGGGAUCAAAAUUGGACAUGAAGAUAAACGAUUAUCAGCUAUCGCUAUCUGAAUAUGAAUAAUGUUAUUGAAAAGGGAGAAGACAAAAUGCGUCAUUGCUGCACUAACGAUCGCUUGACGUCAGAAAAUAAAUUUUACAUUGCACAGUAAGGUUUUGGUACUGUAUACAUAUAAUAAUAUUGAAUCUCCUACGACAAUUGCUUACCCCCCCCCCCCCC